AUUUGGUUGCAUUUAAGCUUCUCCAGCCCACUUAUAAGGGGCUGGUGUUGCUCUCCUGUCCGGUCACAGGUAUUUUUGUCCCAGGACCUUUUGCUGACAAUUCCAGUUUCCAAAAAAAAAAAAAAAAAACCACAUUUGGGCGAUGGUGAGGGCUUCGAUCCCUUCUCUGAUUUGCUGUCAACCAUGAACGGGUGGAUGUGAUGCUUGCUGGCCAAAAAGUGUCCCUCCGUGUGUUGCAGUCCUGUGGCAUCAUGUGUGCCUCCAACCAGUGACCCCCAGACUUUUUAUGGCUGUGAGACACGAUAAAAGUUCAGGGGUAAGAAGUGACCUUUUGAGGUGACUAUACCUGAAGAUUGCUUUCCAGAAGCCAAAAAAGGUUCCUGGAAUCAGAGCUAGUACCUCACAGAGAAGAGCCAGUCUUGCCCUGAAGCUUAGAGAGGGAGCUUCUACCGUGUAAGUGGUUUUUGAGUCAUGAUGCAAGAAUCUGGGACUGAGACAAAAAGUAACGGUUCAGCCAUCCAGAACGGGUCGAGCGGCGGCAACCACUUGCUCCAGUGUGGGAGUCUUCGCGAAGGACGGUCCAACGGGGAGACGCCGGCGGCGGACGCGGGGGCCGCCGAGCUCGUGCACGUGCAGCAGCAGCAGCAGGCACUUCAAGUGGCCAGACAGCUUCUCCUUCAGCAGCAACAACAGCAGCAAGUUAGUGGAUUAAAAUCUCCCAAGAGGAAUGACAAACAACCAGCCCUUCAGGUUCCCGUGUCAGUGGCUAUGAUGACACCUCAAGUUAUCACUCCCCAGCAAAUGCAGCAGAUCCUCCAGCAACAAGUGCUGAGCCCUCAGCAGCUCCAGGUCCUCCUCCAGCAACAGCAGGCCCUCAUGCUCCAACAGCAGCAGCUUCAAGAGUUUUAUAAAAAACAACAGGAACAGUUGCAGCUUCAACUUUUACAACAACAACAUGCUGGAAAACAGCCUAAAGAGCAGCAGCAGGUGGCUACCCAGCAGUUGGCUUUUCAGCAGCAGCUCCUCCAGAUGCAGCAGCUCCAGCAGCAGCACCUCCUGUCUUUACAGCGCCAAGGCCUCCUUACGAUUCAGCCGGGGCAGCCUGCCCUUCCCCUCCAGCCCCUUGCUCAAGGCAUGAUUCCAACAGAACUGCAGCAGCUCUGGAAAGAAGUGACAAGUGCUCAUUCUGCAGAAGAAACCACAGGCAGCAAUCACAGCAGUUUGGAUCUGACCACGACAUGUGUCUCGUCCUCUGCACCUUCCAAGACCUCCUUAAUAAUGAACCCACAUGCCUCUACCAAUGGACAGCUCUCAGUCCACACUCCCAAAAGGGAAAGUUUGUCCCAUGAGGAGCACCCCCAUAGCCAUCCUCUCUAUGGACAUGGUGUAUGCAAGUGGCCAGGCUGUGAAGCAGUGUGCGAAGAUUUCCAAUCAUUUCUAAAACAUCUCAACAGUGAGCAUGCGCUGGACGAUAGAAGUACAGCUCAAUGUAGAGUACAAAUGCAGGUUGUACAGCAGUUAGAGCUACAGCUUGCAAAAGACAAGGAGCGUCUGCAAGCCAUGAUGACCCAUCUGCACGUGAAGUCUACGGAACCCAAAGCCGCCCCUCAACCCCUGAAUCUGGUAUCAAGUGUCACACUCUCCAAGUCUGCAUCUGAGGCUUCUCCACAGAGCUUACCUCAUACUCCGACGACCCCAACCGCCCCCAUCACUCCUGUCACCCAAGGCCCCUCCGUCAUCACCACCACCAGCAUGCAUACGGUGGGACCCAUCCGCCGGCGGUACUCGGACAAAUACAACGUGCCCAUUUCUUCAGCAGAUAUUGCGCAGAACCAAGAAUUUUAUAAGAACGCAGAAGUUAGACCACCAUUUACAUAUGCAUCUUUAAUUAGGCAGGCCAUUCUCGAAUCUCCAGAAAAGCAGCUAACACUAAAUGAAAUCUAUAACUGGUUCACACGAAUGUUUGCUUACUUUCGACGCAAUGCUGCCACGUGGAAGAAUGCAGUGCGUCAUAAUCUUAGUCUUCACAAGUGUUUUGUGCGAGUAGAAAACGUUAAAGGGGCAGUAUGGACAGUGGAUGAAGUAGAAUUCCAAAAACGAAGGCCACAAAAGAUCAGUGGUAACCCUUCCCUUAUUAAAAACAUGCAGACCAGCCACGCCUAUUGCACGCCCCUCAAUGCAGCUUUACAGCAGGCUUCGAUGGCUGAGAAUAGUAUACCUCUAUACACUACCGCUUCCAUGGGAAAUCCCACUCUGGGCAACUUAGCCAGCGCAAUACGGGAAGAGCUGAACGGGGCAAUGGAACAUACCAACAGCAACGAGAGCGACAGCAGUCCAGGCAGAUCCCCUCUGCAAGCCGUGCAUCCCGUGCACGUCAAAGAAGAACCCCUCGAUCCAGAGGAAGCUGAAGGGCCUCUGUCCUUAGUGACAACAGCCAACCACAGUCCAGAUUUUGACCACGACAGAGAUUACGAAGACGAACCAGUAAAUGAGGACAUGGAGUGAACGUCUCUGGGCGGGGGCCAACCCCAAGAACGAAGAUUGGGAAACAAAAAACAAAACAAAACAAAAAAACAAAACACGUCAAAAGUUAGCAGUGAAAUCGUUCUCCAUUUGUUGUACAGUCUGGAGGAUUUUCACUACAUUUUGACAACGCUGAAACGUGUUAACUCUUAGUGCCAUCAAGAAUCCCAUUUGGGAGUAUUUUUGAUUUUUCUACUUUUUGUUGAAAAAAGGAAUUUGUACUCUGUGCAUUGGAUGGACUUGUUUGGUACUUGGGAUUUUCCUCUCUUAACAGUCAACAUCAGUGUUGUAAAUUUGCUAAACUGAUUCACUUUUAGCAGCAGACUUUGAACUGCAGUCCUGCCAACGUUGGACCCUGAGGACACCCAACUGAGCAUGUGCACCUAAGCUGCAGACCAAGCCUCUGCCCAGAAUUUAAGGAUUCCAAUGGACGACCUAUUUGCACAGUACUGCAUGUUGAUUAUCACUGCCUUUACUCCUCUUUUUUUUUUUUUUUUGGUUCGUUUUUGUUCUCGUUUUGCUUCCAGUUGGGAUGGGGAAGGCCUUUGUGUGUGUAUUGGGGGGAGGGGGUUAAAAAGUAAUUAUCCCAAACUUUUUAAUGUAUUGCUUUUUUUUUUUUUUUUUUUUUCUACUAUACCAUUUUAAGUUCUGACCUCAGGCCUCCAUUUGGGCCCACGGCCUCCUGGAGGCUUCAAGUUUUCUGUACCUUGUGAUGAAUGUUAAAUAGGUGUUUUUAUUAUACAAAAGCUGAAUGUCAUUUCUCGUUUGUAGUUUUCUGUCACUCAUUCCAGUUUCCUUCAGACAUCACCACGUUUUCUCCACAAAGUCAGAGAACAUUCCGUUUUGGUCUUUUUCAAAAAAAGGUCCCAAAUGCUGCACUCUACACAUGAAGGUCCUCUCACACAGACGUGAAGUCCUGCCAGAAAGAGAAUGAAUGACAGAAAAAAAAAAAAAAA